UCGGGAUCGCCAUUGUGAUUGCGUUAAUCCAAACAACAAUCGGUAACCUGACCUUAGCGAAGAAGCCGGCACAGAUCCUUUUCAUCAUCGCCAACUAUUUCUGCUCGCCAAUUCGACGUCCUGCUCCCCCGAGCAUGCAACUGCCGGCGCCGCCAUGAGCCGCAGCUUCUACGACAUCGACCCGGCGGGGGAGGUGCUCUGCACGUACACUGACAGCGGCGAGACGACGAAGCUCAAAUCCGAGAAAACCGAAGUGCCCCUCCCGAAAGCAAUCCUCUACGCCUUCCUCCCCGCGGGCUACCCGCACACGGUAACCGACGACUACCUGGCCUACCAGACCUACGACUCACUCCAAGCCUUCGCGUCAUCCAUCACAUCCCUGCUCGCCAACCGCGCCGUCCUCGAGGGGCUGGGCGUGGGAGACUCGUCGUCCUCGCCCACGGGCGCUUUGAUCCUCAAGAUCACGGGCGACACCAUCUCGCGCGUGGCCACGAUCCUUUUUGCGCACCGCAUGGGCCAGGCCAUCGAGCCCGAGUGCAAGUUCUAUCGGUUCCUGGCCGAUAUCUUCAACGACAGCGCCCAGUUCCUGGAUUUGCUCACGCCCGCGCUGCCCUACCUCCCGAAGCUGGGCGUGAUCGUCUCGGCGGGGGUUCUGCGGUCGUUAUGUGGCGUGGCGGCGAACGCGAGCAAAGCCAGCCUGUCGGCGCACUUCGCGCUGACGGGCAACCUGGCGGAGCUGAAUGCGAAAGAGGCGUCGCAGGAGACGGUGGUCAGCUUGCUGGGCAUGCUGGCGGGUUCGCUGGUGGUGAGGCUGGUGGAGGAUAAGCAGGUGGUGUGGAUGCUGAUGAUGUUCCUGGCCGGCGUGCACCUGACCAUGAACUACCGCGCCGUGCGCAGCGUCAAGAUGCGCUCGCUGAGCCGCCAGCGCGCAACCAUUGUGUUCCGGGAGUGGCUCGAGCAUGGGACGGUGCUGACGCCCGCGCAGGUCGCAGCGCGGGAGAGUAUCCUGCGGAAAGGGCGCGGGAACUUGGAGAGCAAGAGCGGGGAGUACACUGGGUUUUGCGACUUUGCGACGUACGGUGAGCUCAAGGGGUGGAAUCCAAGGGGUUACCAUCGGUAUGAUUUCGAGACGAAGGCGUAUUUCAUGGCGAUAUGGCAUCACGGCGGCUACUUUUACAUGCGGAUUGCUCUCAAGGAGGGGACGAGGAACCCGCUCUCGGCCUGGUUUGACGCGGUCAACCAUGCCUACCACUUCGACUCGGCUCUGAAGGACGGUUUGGAGAGCCAUUACGAAAACGAGAUGCCGCUGGGCUAUGUGUCGGAGGAGCAGAAGGAGAGCAUAUUUGCCGCGUUGACCGCGGCGGGGUGGGAUUUGGAAACGAACGCGCUCGAGACAAGGCUACCUAUCAGGGUGAGGGUAGGCGACGGUUGGAAAGGGCUGCAUCUGUCCGAGAAGGAUCCAAUACGGCAUCACAGCCACCAGGUGCCUAAGAAGGACUAGACAUGACGUGCAAUGCGCGCUCUAGAGGUUCAUAGAACAGCGUUUAUUUGCUUGAAGGACACGGAAACGGACAGGCGGGAUACGGUUUCUUUUUGGAAGGCUGGCUGGCUUGGUUUGGGUGCUGCAAACGGAAACACACUGGGGCGGGAUACAUGUUUUUAUCGAGAUACCACGCAGACGACGACGAAUCUGCCCUUUGCUU